AUGGAAACAAUUGCAAGUGGAGAAGUCAAGGAAAAGAAGAAGAACAUGUUGUAUAAUCUCUCUGUUGAACUUGAAAUCCCAGGCGUACAGAAGAAGAUUGUUCUCAACGCUAUCCUUGAUACUGGAGCCACCACGUGUGUCGUGGAUUCAGAGUCCGUUCCAUCAGAGGCACUAGAAGAAAAUACCUACACUGUGCAGUUUAACGGGAUUAACUCACAGUCAAAGGCAAAUAAAAAGCUUCGAGGAGGAAAAAUGUAUAUCGGAGACAACUGGUUCCGAAUACCGUAUACAUACAGCUUUCCAUUUCGACUAGGUGGAAGAAUACAGAUGAUCAUUGGCUGCAAUUUCAUCAGAUCAAUGUAUGGCGGAGUUCGGAUAGAAGGAGACAAUGUCACAUUUUACAAGAAUGUGAUAACAAUCCAGACUCGUCAAUCUGUCAAUCCCAUGGAAGCUGAAGUUGAUGAUGAUUUCCUCAUCGAUCAUUACUAUGAUCCCACAGAAGAAUGGAUAUUUCACUCUAUUGAGCAUAAUCCUCAUGCUCCCAGAUUUGAAGAUAAAUAUCCAAAGGUGAUGAAACAUUUGCAAAACUGUGGAAUUAUUGGGGAAGAUCCUAUGAAGCAAUGGUCGAAGAACCAAAUUACAUGCAAAUUGGACUUGAAGAAUGCAGAAUUCGUCAUUGACGAUAAGCCCAUGAAGCAUGUUACUCCAGCCAUGAAAGAAAGCUUCAAGAAGCACAUUGAUCAGCUACUGGAGUUAAAGGUUAUCCGUGCAAGUAAAAGCAGGCAUCGAACUACUGCUUUUAUUGUCAAUUCAGGAACUUAUAUUGAUCCAAUUACAAAGAAGGAGAAGCGAGGAAAGGAGCGUAUGGUUUGUAAUUACAAACGGCUCAACGAUAAUACUCAUAAGGAUCAGUAUAGCUUGCCCGGAAUUAACACAAUUAUGGCAAAGAUCGGCCACAGCAAAAUCUACUCUAAGUUCGAUCUGAAGAGUGGAUUUCACCAAGUUGCAAUGCACCCAGACUCAAUCGAGUGGACAGCUUUUUGGACACCAUUGGGACUCUAUGAAUGGCUAGUGAUGCCAUUUGGUUUAAAGAAUGCCCCGGCUGUGUUUCAAAGAAAAAUGGACGUCUGCUUCAAAGGAACGGAGGAGUUCAUCGCUGUUUAUAUUGAUGAUAUUCUUGAGCAGAUGACGACGAUGCGGGAUGUGUCUAUUGAGUCUGGUAUACCGAUGACGCAAGAGGACAUAUCAACAGCGCAUGUGACGAGCAAUUGA